AUGGACAUUUUUUUUAUUGAAUUUACAUUCCACACUGAAAUCACCAUACUAACCAAACUCAAGCACAACAACCUUGUCUCUCUAAUUGGGUAUUGCGUCCAUGAAAAAGAGAUGAUACUAGUGUAUGAAUUCAUGGCUCGAGGUACCUUACGUGAUCACCUAUAUAACACCCAGAAGCCCCCACUUCAAUGGAAGGAGAGACUCAAGAUUUGCAUUGGUGCUGCACGGGGGUUAAACUACCUUCAUGUUGAUGCAAAGCAGACCAUCAUUCACCGUGACGUGAAGACGACAAAUAUUCUCUUAGAUGAGAGUUGGGUAGCUAAGGUUUCAGAUUUUGGGUUGUCCAAAUUUGGGCCUAAAAUCAUGUCUUGCACUCAUGUUAGCACUGUAGUGAAGGGUAGUUUCGGGUACAUAGAUCCAGAAUACUACCGUUGUCAAAAGUUGACAGAAAAGUCAGAUGUGUACUCUUUCGGUGUGGUAUUGAUGGAAGUAUUGUGUGCCAGACCGGCAGUCUUACCAAUGGUGAUGGAAGAAGAGGAAGACAAGCUAGAACAAGCCAACUUGGCUGAGUGGGCUUUACAUUGUCAUCAAUCAGGGACCCUUCAUCAUAUUAUAGACCCGUUUUUGAAGGAAAAGAUUGACCCAGAAUGUUUUAAGACAUUUGUGGAAUUAGCAAAGAAGUGUUUGGCAGGUAGAGGAUGUGAACGACCCGCGAUGGGCGAUGUGUUGUGGUACUUGGAAUUAGCACAGCAACAACAGGAAGCUAAUACAGUAGCGGAAAAUACGUGUAUUGCAAGUGAGGAGUUUGUGACCAUUGAUGUUCAAUAUUAUGCUCGUGGCAUUGGAAAUUCAAAUGCAACACUCGGAGCAGAAUUUUCGGAGCUCAUGGACCCAGUUGGUCGUUGAUGGAAUUCAACAGACAAUUCUUUUAACCUUGUAAGCUCAUCUAGUAUAAUAAUUCUAUAAACAUAGGACCAACCAUUGAACAGACCACAAAAAAAUACAUGUCAGAUAACCGUUGUACUCAAGUUACUCUAUUUGUAUAUUAUGUUAUCAUUUAUAUUUAUUCUUUUCCAAUUAUUUCCCCUUUUAAUAGUUCUUUUCCAUUAGAUAAGUUUUAUAAGCUUUGUUAGCUAGUUUAUGGGUGGUGGCAUCUAG